GUGUUUGCGCGUGUUGUGAUUUGCGAGACUCCCAGAAACUGAAGGAAAAAAAAAAUCUUUUCUUUUUAUGCAAUAGGACACAAUGUUGAGUCUUCCCUGCUGCGGAAGAGGAGGGAACAAAAUGUGGAGUCCCUGCCGCGGAAGAGGAGGGAGAAGAGUAGGCAGGAGCAGAAUCCAAAGUAGAGUAGAGGGAAACACUAGUGCAGUGACAAUAUUCUAUGUUUCUUCUUGAUCCUUUUGCGUCUUCUUUGUGGCUUCCGCCCCCUGGAUUCUCUAGGCACUCUCAUUUGCCACCUCCUCAAAUCCACAUAAAAAAUGGCACCCUAAUCCCCUUUGUCUGCUACCGUAUGCACCCCUUUUGAAACUUCAACUGCCAUAGCGACGAUAUAAAAAAAGACGAAGCGUGGGAGGACUGUGAGGUUGCGCUUGCUCGGCAGCAAUGGAUCUCGAGAGCGGGCACUGUCUCAGAACGUUUAAGAAACAAUCUUGGAGGUCGGUUCUGAUGCUGGCAUACCAGAGCUUGGGGGUAGUUUACGGGGACCUCAGCACGUCGCCCCUUUACGUUUACAAGAGCACCUUCGCCGAUAUCGAGCACACGGAGAGCAACGACGAGAUCUUUGGCGUGCUCUCCUUCGUUUUCUGGACGCUCACCCUUAUCCCCCUCCUCAAGUAUGUCUCCAUAGUGCUUCGCGCCGAUGACAACGGCGAAGGUGGCACAUUUGCACUCUACUCUCUUCUAUGCCGCCAGGGAAGCAUUGGCCUCCUGCCAAUUCACCAGCUCGCUGACCAGGAGCUGUCCACUUACAAGAAAAACGAUGACACUGCCGCUAACGUCGCUGCCUCUGGCCCUGUCACUUCUGCCUCAGUUAUAAGGAGACUAUUAGAGAAGCAUCAAGCCUUGCAGCUCACGCUGCUCAUUCUUGCGUUGAUUGGGACUUCCAUGGUUAUUGGGGAUGGAAUCUUUACCCCUGCAAUCUCUGUUUUCUCAGCAGUCUCGGGGCUUGAGCUCUCUAUGUCUAAGGAACAUCACAAAUAUGUUGAGGUUCCAAUUGCAUGCCUCAUUUUAAUCUGCUUGUUUGCGGUGCAACAUCAUGGCACACACCGACUGGGAUUCCUUUUUGCUCCAAUCAUUCUUGCUUGGUUAUUAUGCAUAAGCAUAAUUGGGGUGUACAACAUUUUCUACUGGAAUCCACAUGUGUAUCGUGCCCUUUCUCCGCAUUAUAUGUAUAACUUUCUGAAGAAGACUCAAAGAGGAGGGUGGAUGUCACUGGGUGGUAUUUUGUUAUGCAUAACAGGUUCUGAAGCUAUGUAUGCUGAUCUGGGGCAUUUUUCCCAAUUGUCAAUAAAGAUUGCAUUUGCUUUUGUGGUUUACCCAUCCUUGCUGCUUGCUUACAUGGGACAAGCUGCAUACCUCUCUCAGCAUCACAUUAUCCAAACUGACUAUCGAAUUGGUUUCUACGUUUCUGUGCCAGAGAAUAUACGAUGGCCGAUCAUGGGAAUUGCUGUUCUUGCGGCUGUGGUGGGAAGUCAAGCAGUCAUCACAGGUACUUUCUCAAUCAUCAAACAGUGCUCUGCUUUGGGAUGCUUUCCAAGGGUGAAGAUAGUGCAUACAUCAUCAAGAACGCGCGGUCAGAUAUAUAUACCGGAGAUCAACUGGAUUUUGAUGAUACUUUGCUUAGCAGUCACUGUUGGUUUCAGAGAUACAAAGCGCCUUGGCAAUGCAUCAGGGUUGACUGUCAUCACUGUUAUGCUGGUCACCACUUGUUUGAUGUCCUUAGUGAUGGUCCUCUGUUGGAACAAGAGCAUAUUUCUUGCUGUAUGCUUCGUUGUUUUCUUCGGUUCCAUUGAAGCACUCUUCUUCUCGGCCACUCUGAUUAAGUUCCUCGAAGGAGCUUGGGUUCCCAUUGCACUUUCUUUUGUGUUCGUUGCUAUCAUGUAUAUCUGGCAUUAUGGCACCAUUAAGAAAUAUCAGUUUGACCUUGAUAACAAAGUUUCCCUCAACUGGCUCCUAAACUUAGGUCCUACCCUUGGCUUUGUACGUGUCCAGGGCAUCGGUGUGAUUGACACUGAACUUGUAUCAGGCAUUCCUGCAAUCUUCUCCCACUUUGUCACCAACUUGCCUGCAUUCCACCAGGUCGUUGUUUUCCUCUGUAUCAAGUCGGUGCCAGUGCCAUACAUUCAAGCUGAGGAACGCUUCCUAGUUGGCCGUGUUGGCCCGAAAGAAUGCAGGCUAUAUAGGGUCGUUGUCCGGUAUGGGUAUCAUGACAUACAAAAGGAUGAUUCAGAGUUCGAAAGGGAUCUGAUUUUCAGCAUUGCCGAGUUCAUCCGCUCAGAAGUAUACAAACCCUUCGGCCUGAAUGAAGAAACUGAGAACGGCAAUGAGAAAAUGGCCACUGUCAGCACCGAUUCAAGAAUUCAAGGGGAGAAAGUGGAACCAGAAGACGCGUCAGGCCUCUCAGGAGAAAUACUUUUGCAGGUUCAAGUGCCCCAAAAGCAAGUAAGAUUCACACUGCCCCAGAGCCCACCAAAAGAAGAAGGCAAUAAGGAAGAGUUGCUGGAACUAAUGGAGGCUAGAGAAGCAGGAAUGGCAUUCAUUCUGGGGCAUGAGUACAUGAGGGCUAAGAGCGGAUCGAGUCUUGUUAAGCGACUGGUGGUUGAUCUGGGCUACGAGUUCCUUCGAAGGAACUGCAGGGAUCGUCGUGCCUAUGCUUUUACCAUCCCUCACGCUUCGACGCUCGAGGUUGCGAUGUUGUACCACGUUUGAACUCCAAUGGCCGAUCUGUACAGAUUGUGCCAUGUAAAUUGUAAAUUGAAAUUGUAAAUGAUAAUGUAAUGAUGGAGAAAAGUGAGCAGGAGGUGCUCUGUUCUGCCUCGACUA